AGACUCAAUCACUUGGAUUUGUGGCUCCAGAAAUUACCAAUCCACAUCUCAGACUGAAGAUCUGAAAGACUAAAGGAAGAACUCAAGGACUCUCCUCCUUUCCAUCAGGACGUCAUUGUUAGGUGGCAUCUCUUUGCUGUGACUUUACUAGACUUUACUGUGAGUUAAGAAAAUGGCCUCCCAGUGUUCUUUCACCGAGAAGGAUUUGUCCUGUCCUGUGUGCUGUGAUAUCUACUCAGAUCCUGUCAUCAUGACGUGUAGUCAUAGUGUGUGUAAAGUCUGUCUGCAGAAGUUCUGGGAAACCAAAGGGUCAAGGGAAUGUCCAAUCUGUAGUACAAUAUUCACACAAACUCAACCACCUCCUAAUUUGGCAUUAAGGAACCUGUGUGAGACCUUCUUACAGGAGAGACGUCCGAGAGCUUCAGCAGGGUCUGAUGUGCUCUGCAGUCUGCACAGUGAGAAACUCAAGCUCUUCUGUCUGGAGGAUAAACAGCCUGUGUGCCUGGUGUGCAGAGACUCAUGGGAACAUAAGAAUCACCAUUUCAGUCCUGUUGUGGAGGUAUCAAGACAAUACAAGGAGGAACUUAGGAUACAGCUAGGCAAGCUGAAAGAAAACAUGAAAAUAGAUGAAAAAAUUAAAUGCACAUGUAAUGAAGCAGCACAACACAUUAAGACACAGGCCUUAAACACUGAGAGGCUGAUCCAGGAAGAGUUUGAAAAACUUCACCAGUUUCUACGAGAUGAAGAGGCAGCCAGGAUAGCAGCACUGAGGGAGGAAGUGGACCAGAAAAGUCACAUGGUGGACAUCUCAGCUCUUUCAGACACAAUCACAGCAUUAGAACAGGAGCUGAGAGCUGAUGACAUCACAUUCCUGCAGAACUGCAAGAGCACAGAGAAAAGAGCCCGCCGCACACUGCAGGAUCCAGAGAGGGUUUCAGGAGCUCUGAUCAAUGUGGCAAAGCACCUGGGCAACCUGAAGUUCAGAGUCUGGGAGAAGAUGCAGGACAUUGUUCAAUACACUCCUGUGAUUCUGGAUCCCAACACCGCAUUCAGACUGCUCCCCGUGUCUGAGGAUCUGACCAGUGUGGGGCAUGCUGAUUCUAUAGACCUUCUUUAUUCUAUAGACCUUGAUAACCCGGAGAGAUUUGAUAAUUGUUUCAGUGUCCUGGGCUCUGAGGGCUUUAACUCAGGGACUCACUGCUGGGAUGUGGAGGUUGGAGAGAACACAUUGUGGGAGGUGGGUGUGAUGACAGAGUCUGGCCAGAGGAAGGGAGACUACAGCUCAGUGAGUGGACUGUACAUUGUGCACUUUAGUGGAGAUCUAUAUUUAGCACAUGCUCCUCCACUCUCGUCAUUUAGCACAUGCUCCUCCACUCUCGUCACAGUGCAGCAGAAACUCCAGAGGAUCAGAGUGCAGCUGGACUGGGACAGAGGAAAGCUGUCAUUCUCUGACCCUGACACACCUACACACUUUCACACACACUUUCACUGGGCCAUAUUUUUUACUCUCCAUUAA